ACCUUCUUCCGAAAGAUGGCUGCGCAACAUCGAUCUGAGGGAGAUAAUUCUUGGAGAAAUUGGCGAUGUGUCCACGGUGCGACUGUCCGACGAUCCAGGCGCGCCAUAAUGGCGGAGGUGGCGACCAAGAAAUCGAUCAAUGUAGUAGUAAGUAGCAAAACUAGCGAGGUGUGUAGCGUUCAAUCUAACAACGGUUUGAUCCAGUUGGAUAACAUAACCGCGAGUAACAAGCAACUAAUAUCGUUGUGCGAGAGCAACGACGACGAGGACGAUCUAAUCCUGACUAACAACACCCGUAACGAAUUGGACACGGACGACAAAAGCCUUCAGGAGUUGAUCGAGAGCGAGCUGGCGCUGAGAAUUUGCUCCAACGCCGAGCAGAAGGAGGAGGAGGAGGAGGAGGAAGAGGAAAACGAAACCGGUAUAGAGAUGGAAGGGGGGAAGGAGGCAGAAGCGGUGAGGAGGAUCGUGCUCGACAGGCAGCAGGAGGAGCGUGUGGACGCGAACGCGGAAUUCAUCGCCGCGGAAACGGAACACUCGGCCUCCGUCGGGGAACCGAUUUACAGCUAUCAGAACGGCCACGUGUCGCCCGACGCGGCGCUCGUCGACGCGCCCUGCUACGAGGGGGGGAGCGCGGAAGCGGUCGGCGAGGGGAAGGAGGAGCAAGUGUUCGAGGAGCGGGCGGAAGUUGGCAGCGGGACGGCGAUCGAAGAAACAACGACGCGCGAGCUCGAGGACGGGGCGCGUGAGCAGGCGGCGGACGAUGGCGGAUGCCCGCGGAUGCCCGAGGAGGACAACGAAGAACCGUGUCCCGAUUAUCCCGCCCUUCGGCCCUUCGGCGAGGACAGACUGCCGGAUGCGAUGAGCCAGCGACCGUUCGAGUCGUCGUGCGAGGAGGCCGAGGAGGAGCGGGUGAAAGCAGCCGACAAGUAUCGGGAGGAAAUAGAGGUUCGGUGCGCGAUUUCGGCCGAUGCCGAGAAGUUGGACGGUGGGGGAACGGAAAUGGAGGAAGAGGAGGAGGAUGGCGUUGGGGGUGGAAAUUCGGGGAGGGAGGAGGUUGGAUCGGACGCGUGGACGGAGCGGGGGAAUUACGGGGACGGGGAUGAUCGGCAGAUGAUCGGUCAAUUCUCGGAUAAUUUCGACCAGAGCCAGGAGGGGGUGGAUCAAUUCCUGUGCCCCGUCGAGGAAUCGGGGAAACGGGUGCGGGGGGAGGACGACGACGACGAAUCGAAUCCGUUGGACGAUAUCGCGAUGUCCGAAUCGGCCGCGUUCGAGUCGAAAGUAUCGGGCAACGAUAAAUCUUGCGGCUCGUUGGAGGAGAAAAUUCUCGGGGAGGAGGAUCUCGUCGAGGAGGGGAAACGAACGGUGGACGUCGAAGAACAGGAGGAGGAGGAGGAGGAGGAGGAAGCACGUGGCACGCGGUGCAAAAGUUUCGACGACGAAACUUCGAGGCAUCGUUUCGACAGCUCGAUCGACGUGGCGAGCACGGAGGAAUUUUUAGACACGGAACGGCGGGUGUUGAGCGAGGAGAAUUGCGACGAGCGAUAUCCGCUGCAGCAGCAGCGGGAUUCGACUUGCGAGAUCUCGAGAUCGGGGGAGAAGGGCGAAGAGGAUCGGACGAGAAAUUGGAUGGAGGAGGGUGAGGGGGAGGAGGAAGAGUUGAGGGGCAAGGAGGAGGAGGGGGAGGAGGAGUCGAACGACAACAUGGACGAGCAGAACGCGAUCACGAAAUCGUCGAGCGAGCUGUCCGUGUCCGAGCCGACGUUCAUCGAGAAGACGGAGGUGGUGAUAUCCGAAAGCAGCGUGAAGAUCGUCUCGGAGACGACGCAGUGCCUCGAGAUGGAGGCCGAGGAGCGAGAGGAAGAGGCCCUCGACGAGGGAGCGGUGGAGCAACGAGCGGAGAACCGCGGCGAACUCGUGUCGCCGGCUCGCGCGCCCCUCGCCACCCCCGACGACGAGACCAGCGACGUUUCUAACGCGGGUGAUAGCGAAAGCCGAGAGGAAACGACGAGCGUGACAACGGUGAGCUCGCAGAGCGCGAAGGGUGGGACCAAGACGAAGAAGAAGAAGAUCGAGGGCGUCGCCGGUAAUGAUGCCUCGCCCAAUCUCACUCCCCGCACAAAGAAGACCAAAAAGAGCAAGAAGAACGAGCUCGAGAAGGAAAACAUUUCUGUGAACUGUAACUUGCAAGGGACGAGCAUGCACCCUGGUCCCCGCCAGAUGAACUCGGAAACCCUUGAUUUCUCGGACGAGGACGAUCUGUCGAACGUCAACGUGAAAUCUCUGACUCAGAAUUAUGUAUCGGAGGCGGCGCGAAACGAGCAAGAUCGAUGCACGAAGGAAAAGAUCGCGACGGGCGUGUCGAUCAAACAGUUGUGUCGUAGUUUUGGCGACAUCUCGAACAUGAGCGACGGCGAUCAGACGGCAUAUGGGAAAACGAAUCACACGAUGGACACCGAGGAGAAAGCAAGGUCGCUGGGUGAUCUGAGAGUAUGCGAGAAGGGUUACUCCAAGUUCGCCAAAGACGCUCUCGUCUUCACCGGGGUGUCGGUCAAGGCCCUCAGGGCUUCCUACUGUAGUUUGGCAAACUUAACGAGCGAGGGUAAUAAGGACAGGGAUCGACCUAGGCUCGAGAAGUCGAGCUUCAAUAAAUUCGACGCCCUCAGCAAGAAGACGGUGCUGCAUGUGCGCUCGAUCGAUGCCGGCAAAGUGCAACAGCAGCUGAACGCCGUGGGUCAGAACGGCGACACGAACCCGAACUGCCGCAGCUGUGGCAAGGUCGUCUUCCAAAUGGAACAGACAAAGGCCGAGGGUCUGGUCUGGCACAAGAAUUGCUUCCGGUGCGUCCAGUGUAGCAAGCAGCUUAACGUGGACAAUUACGAGAGCCACGAGAGCACGCUUUACUGUAAGCCACACUUCAAGGAACUCUUCCAACCGAAACCGGUUGAGGAGUCGGACCAGCCUGUGCGACCUCGAAAGCCGGAGCUGAUCAUACGGGAGAACGAGCCGAAAGAGUUGCCGCCCGAUGUGGUCAGAGCCUCAGACAAACCGGACCUGGGCCUCGAGGAGUUGUCGAGCCUGAACGUGAAGUCCCGGUUCCAAGUGUUCGAGAAGGCCGGCGCCGAGACUAACGAGAUCGAAAGGUCGCCGUCGCAGAUCGCCGUGAAGAGGUCCCCGAGUAUCUUGAGCAAACUCGCCAAAUUCCAGGCGAAAGGCAUGGAUAUCGGAGUUGCGGACGAGUCGCUGAAUGGGAUCCCUUACGAGGAGUCGAGCGAGAGCGAGGAGGAGGAAGAGGCGGAGGAGACGGAGGAGGUGGACAGCGAGAUCGUGAAGGCUAAACGCGCGACCCGCGAGCGACCGAUCAGCUUCACGAAAAUGGACGACAUAAAGAAUCGUUGGGAGACGACCAGCCAGCAGGGGAGACGGGAGGUUCAACGGGAGGCCAGGAAGGAGGAGAUAGCCGGGAUUCGUUCGAGAUUGUUCAUGGGCAAACAGGGUAAAAUGAAGGAGAUGUAUCAGCAAGCGGUAGCCGGAAGCGAGCGCGUGACGAAGAUCAAUGCGGCGGAGGAGAUCCAACACUCGACCCACGCUCGUUCCAUCAAAGAGAGAUUCGAACGUGGCGAGCCCAUAGCCGCGUCGGACGACGAGACCGACAGCAAACCGAAACCGGAGAAGGCUGACGAGGAAGUGAUCGCAGCAGGGAUCAGCAGGAAGUCUCGGUCGCUUUUCCUCGAACUGGACGCGACCGCCGCCAAAACUGGGAGGCCCGUGACCCCUGUGAACCCGAAGACACCGGCCGAACAAUCCCGACGCGCCAGAGACGCAUUCAUGGGACGGCAAGUCUCAGAUGACGUGGUGCGAAGCUCGGACACCACCGAGGAGGUCCAGGUCGAGACCUCGGACAUUUCGAAUAAGUUCAAAUUUUUCGAGUCGUACAAGGAGCCGGAGAAACAGCGGAAGCAGUUCCGAAUUACCCCUCCGCGCGACGGUCAAGUCAAGAUGGACUCCCCCGAACGCGAGAUAUACCGCGACCCGGACGUGGUGAGAGCCGACGACAGGGUGAACGAGGUGGUGCACACGGACACAGCGAGAAAGAUGCUGUCCAUCUUCCGGCAGAUGGAGGAGAACGCGUGCAAGAAGGAAUUGCCGAACGGGCCGAAACCUUUGAAGUGCUUCACGCCGCCCCCGGAGGACAAGUACGCGAAGGCGACCGCGUCGGACUCCGAGCAGGACGAGGACGAGGAUGGCGAGGAGACGGAGGGUGAGGACAGCGGCGAGGAAAGGGAUCCUAACUACGUGCGAGCUUCCGAUAAGGUUGAGGACGAGUUUUUGAAGCAAGCGCAGAACGCGGCCCGCGCAAAAACCUUGUGCGCGAAAUUCGAGCACUGGGAGGAGACGGAUGGGAAGACGACGACGAGCAACCAGCACAUCGCCGAGAUGGAAAUCGCUCAAAAUUCGUCCGGGGAACAGCUGAGCAUAGAGUCUGCGAGCAGUCUGAGGGCCCGUUUCGAGUCCCUCGGCUCGCAAACCAACGAAUCGCCGCGCACACCUAAGGUCAAAGUCAAUCGAUUCGUGUAAGGGGGCACCGGAAGUGGAGGAUCGACGAGAAGGCCCGGGAAGAUGGACCUGAGGAGGAGGAGGAGGGCCUCACGAAGCGGAGCGAAUAGAACGUUAUAGAGGAUACGAACAAAUGCGCACACGUACACACAUAUACAUACAUACACAAACACAAACCCAAAUACACGCAACGAGGAGUACACGAAUAUAUACAAUUAUAUUCGUUGGAGACUUGGAGAGGAAUCAUUGUGCGAUUUUUCUUUUUAGAAGCCUUUUUCCAACGAAAGCGUUUCUUUUUAAUGGAACUAGCGUAGAUUAUCAUAUUGUACAUCGAGGGUCAACGAACGAGAGACGACGAGAUACGUCGAGCGUGCUAUGCGCGUCCGAAAACCACCGAGCGAAUUAAGCGGAUCAAUCGAUGGAAUUGAAACUCGUUGCAAUACUUUAAGCAUACGUCGCCUGUCCUCUCUCUCUCUGCAUCCUCGCAAUUUAAUCGAGCGCUCGACGUAUCGACGACGAAUCAAUCACGAUCGUUUUCAUCGGCUCUCGCUGUAAUCGAUGAAUCAUCGUAUCUUCCCCCGCUUCGUGUCGUUGGCCGCCGAAUUUUCUCGAGUCGAAAAAUUUAUUUGUACGCGUUUCAAUGCGAGAAUAUUUUACGAGGAUUUUGGAAACAGCGAGAUGGAACACCGAGAGCCUCUCAGAGGCAAGUAGAUAUUUGGGGGUUGUUUAUAUUUUGCCGCGCGCCAAAUGGAGAUACGUCACAUUUGUUACGCGCGUCGAUACACACGUAAACACACAUACACGUACACAUACACAUACGAAAUAAUUUGUACCAUGAAAUUACUUAGCAGGCGAUAGGGUGCCAAAUUGAGUUGAGUAACUAUCGAUCGAAUCUACUAUCGUUGAGAUGGGUUCGUCUCUUCAAUCAGUCAAAUCACUCGAUUCUCUUUUUUUUCUUUUUUCCCCCCGAGUGCCAAGAUCGAAGACGAAAAGCUAAGAGAAGAGAAUUGUACUGUAAGUAGUAGUAGUGCGAGGCGUGUUUAAUGAAUUUUCGACGCGAAUUUUCAGAGAUGAAAAAUUCGAGAUUAAAGAUCGCGUCACAGUUUUUGCGAUGAUCAAAGGUCCAACCUUUAUGGAGUAUAGACGUACUUAGGAUCUUUUACGAGCUUUUUCGAACGCUUUUACACGAUUUCGAGUCUUUUUUACAGCAUCACAUCGGACGAUAGAUCUAGAUUGUUUAGAGGCGAUUUUUAGAGAAGGGGAAGGCGAGCAAAAAAACAAUCGAUUAUCCGGAACGAAUCUCGAACGAAUCUUCUCGCCGACACGUCCGAAAAAAAGAGAGAGAAAAAGAAGAAAAAAAAAAAGAAAUCGCAAUAUCAUUUUUUACAAAGAGAUAGAUCUACAUAUUAUAUAUA